UGUGAGCAGGGCAGAGCAGAGGCAGGGCAGGGCGGGGCGGGGCGGGGCUGGGCGGGAUGGCGGGGGAAGGUGGGGAGGCUGAUGCCGUGAUAAGUGGUUCAUUAGUGCAAGUUAAAUUAGACGGAAGCAGCCAUCAGCGUGCAGCAGCAGCAGCAGCGGCGUUGGUGGUGGUAGUGGCGGUGAUGGAAGGGGAGGAGCCGGGGACGGGAGGGAAGGAGGGAGGGCAAGUGGGAGCGGGAGGUAGGGAGACAGUGUUUAGCGGUGUCCUCUCGCCUCAUAAAGAAAUCCCGUUCCGCUCAAGCGCUCUAAUGAGGAGCUAGAUGACAGGGCGCUCCGCUCCUCGCUAUAUAAUAAACACCUCUCGUUAGCUCGCCAUUCACAAUUUUCCGUCCAGAGACGCACAAUUACCGAGGCGCGGCCGCCCGCCCACCCUCCAAUUAUACCGUGAUCAGCUCCCAUCCCACUCUAUAAAAUUUGAGUUUGUGCGGCAUAUUGAAUGAAAACACACCCUCCCCGGCGAUCCCGAGACGGCAACACCACCCUGGUUAGCAGCCCGCCAAUCGCAGCGCAGUAUUGAUUCCCUCGCCGCCAAUCCCGGCGAGGUUUCCUCAGCAGAGGCUGCCCGGGGGCGGUUCCCUCGUACUACCGUUCACCGUGACAGACUCGCUGGCUUUAGUGCAACCCGUUAACAAAAUAUCCUUCUAUUUCUUCCACUCAAUGUUCCAAAGGGUAGUGGGUUGCUGAUAUGAGCGGCGCAAAACUCACACUGACGCUCGGAACAAGGCACGGCAACACAAACCCUCGUGUGGAGGAAUAUCUCGCUCUGAGUCCAUUGGAAUUCGAUGAAAUAAAAUGAAAAACAUCCCAGGGACAGCGGGAGCGGCUUUCUGAGGGGAGGCACUUGCCUAAUGGCAUCAUUUUCUGCGCCAAUUUGCUCACAAUUUGAAUAGAAAUUAAGUGUUUACGCACCCGCAUCAAAAUCUUUUGGUAUCUUACGUCACCACUUUGGUUAGGCCAAUGAGAGCGCUGCUCCACCCGCGGCCCACCAAUCAGGACGCUCCGCUGUUGAAAAGAGAAGAUUUGCGGUAAUAUACAUUGAAUUGUUGGUGUUAUCGCCGACAUUUGACGUUAAGAUUGAUAUUGGGAUGUGUAAACAAGGCGGGAGGCCCGCCUCACUCCUCCUCCCGCCCUGCAGCCCGCAGCACUACCACCCGCAGCCCCGCACGCCGCGCCGCCACCCCCGGGAAGGACCUGCCUGAAGGGGGCCUCAGCGCGCCCCUCCGCUGCCCGGCCAGCUCCGCGCCGCAGCCCACUGUUCACUUUGCUUUUGGUGUGGUGGUGACCUAACCAAGCGGAGAGUCGCCUGAGUGCUUGGACACCAACCCAGGCUGAGCACAGGUGGCGUUUCGGGCUGUCGGUCACACCACCGUCGCACCGACCUGGACACCGCCUGCCAGCUGGGGCGAGCACGGACCUGCCCUUUAUUCUUGUGUUCACUGCAGGCAGAUACUGCGUAGCCACAGAAAAGCGCGGCGCAUUCCGCCACGAACGUCUCACCAGCGGUGUGAAUAAGUGCGACGGCCAAAAAUUCCCUUCCGUCCUCAAAGGAACGCAGCCAAGUCGUUCAUCUCUCUACUUAGAAGAAAAGAAACCUGAGAGCGAUAACGAAGUAGAAAACUGACGCCUCGAAUAAGACAGUACAACGCAAGCCAUGAAAAGGACAUCGAUUCACACUGAAAGAAAGGAAAGGGCCACUUGACGCCGCUGACAGCAAAAGACAGACACCUGGCAGUCAUUGAACACGGGGACACGCAGGCCACCCUAACGCGGCAAGCCUUCCUCUCCAGUCCUGCUCCUCCUGUUAAUGCGUAAAUUAGGAAUACGGGGAAAUAAAGAAAAGGGGAAAAUGAGCAGUGAAGAUAUGUAACAAAGACAGACAGACAUCAGAUAAGAAAGAGAAGGAAUUUACAAGUAGAAAACUAAAAUGGAGGUGCACAGACUUUCGGCGUAAGAAAUAGAAAUGGACGUGACAGAGGACGGAAGGAUGUUCGCGAGGCAAGACUAAUAAAGGACAAGACAGAAAAUCAAGGAAGAAUAAAAUCUUGCAAAAAAGAAAUUGAGACUGACGGAAAAAAAAAAUGUAGAACAAAGAAAAAUGUGUACGAAGAACUAGUGAAGCAGAACAGAUAACUUCCCAAAGGAAAAUAACAAAGGAAAAGUAAAAAAAAAACAUUUUUUUUUUUUUACCGCUGAUAAAUAAAGACUAAGACCGGAACGAAAAAAAUCUGGAGAAAAACAAUUUACGAAAAUUCACCAAAAUGAGCAGCAAAUCCUUUUUAAUAAGGGACCUCUUGGGCGAUGUUCUUGUGGGCGGCGGUCGUCUGGCCCACCAAAACACGACCCGCUGCAGCCCACCACGACCCACCACCCAGCCAACCAUAGCCACCACCACCACCACCACCACCACCACUACAGCCGCUCACCAUCGCCACACGCCCGACACAGCCCCGCUAUCAGGAUCCCCCGCCCAUCGCUCGUCGCCGCCCUCGCCCGCUGCCCACGUGCGUGACAAGCAAGAUGAGGACGCGUCGGAGGCUGAGCCGCGCUCCACGCCCAGUCCCACACCCACGCCCACACCCCCACCCACCCUGCUGCUGUGUCCCGCGGGCGUGCUGGCCAGAGCGGCAGUCCCAGGUCCACUCACGCCUACCACUGUUCUCUCAACGCCCACGCUGCCACGCCCACCCACCAGCCCGCCCGCCUCUCGCACGCCCUCGCCAGGUGCAGAGGAGCCGCCUGACGAAGGGCUAGUCGACGCCUGCGACAACGACAGCAAUGCAGCGGUCCUGGACGCGGGCGGCAGGCGAGACGCAACACAGGACAAGAACAAGAAGCCCCGCCGCCGCCGCACUGCCUUCACGCACGCCCAGCUGGCUUACCUGGAGAGGAAGUUCCGCGUGCAGAAGUAUCUGAGUGUGGCCGACCGCUCUGACGUGGCCGAGGCGCUCAAUCUUUCCGAGACGCAGGUCAAGACGUGGUACCAGAACCGCAGAACGAAAUGGAAGCGGCAGAACCAAAUGCGUCUGGAGCAGCUGCGUCAGAGCGUUGGGGUGGGCGUGGAGAAGGAGCUGCUGGCGGGCGGGGUGGGCGGCGAAAGAAGCUCCCCCGGCGAUAGUCUGUCCGUGGUGGCGCCCAGCUGCUGCCCGCCCUACUUCCUGCCGCCCGCCGUGGAUCGCUCCUGCUUCAUCACCACGGCAGGAUUGUUCACUCGCCUGCCCUACUCCCCGUCCUGCUCCUUGUGACCACUCCCCGAUGUCUGACCCCUCACCUCGCUCCCCUACUCCGCGUUAUGACCCUAAUUUGUGACCUCCCUUCUCUGCGUUAUGAUCUUUGCCCGUGAUCUCUUCGCUAAUCACUUCUUGGGCUUUUUUUUUUGUGGGGGGUUAGUUUAAUGCUUGCCGUGUGGUGUUAUAUAACUUUUUAUCCUUUUUCGUUCUCACGGUGACUUGCGUGGACUGAUUUUUUUUUUUUUUUUUUGCGUGUAACUAGACUUGUAAAUUAUUCUGCAUUUUUUUUUCGAGUGUUGUAUUCUGUUUCUCGUUUCCUCUUCAUUGACAUAGCUUCCUCCUUCGUCACUUCUUUCUCAUUGUUCGUUCACUCACUUCUUUCUUACUUUAUCUUUUUAUGUGUAUUUUCUUUCUUGUUCCAUGGUCUUUUUUUUCACUCAUCUCUCCCUCACAUAAAAAUUAUUUUCCUUUUAAUUUUUCCGUUUUUGCUUGUUACUUCUCUCUCUCUCUCUCUCUCUCUCUCUCUCUCUCUCUCUCUCUCUCUCUCUCUCUCUCUCUCUCUCAUCUUACAGCAUCCAUCUUUCAAAUUCACACACCUAUACAUUUAAUCCUUACUGACCUUCCUUUCCCCCAUAGUGGCUAAUAUUUCUUUUCUUCCCUCUCCCACAAUGCUUUCUUCCAUUCCUCCACCUCUUCCUCACACAAUAACUAACCCACCUCCGUCUGUCCCACAAUAUUUUCCUCCACUACUUGUGUUACUCCCUUCCUCCAAUCUUCUUUCUCUCCCCACGCGUUUUCUGUCUCUUCUCUCCAUCAUCACAAUAUCUACAUGAAUUUCCUUAAUAUCUUGAUUGUUCCUCCUCUCCUCUACUGGAAUAAUAAUUGUUUCUCUAUUUCGUUCAUUCACUCCCUUAAAAAUAUAUAUACCAUUGACUUGUACAUAGUAACACGUAUCCUUUGCUGUGUGUGUGUGUGUGUGUGUGUGUGUGUGUGUGUGUGUGUGUGACUAUUGAUGUGAACCAAUAAAGUUUUUAUCACUACUAUUAUGUACGUUAGUAAGUAAUGUUCGAAAGUGGUCAGAAAACAUUAAUGUAGAUUUCUGACGAGAGAGAGAGAGAGAGAGAGAGAGAGAGAGAGAGAGAGAGAGAGAGAGAGAGAGAACGUAUGCAAUACACAAUGAAUGACUAGCUGGUAAGGCGUCUGCAACAUGGCGAGAUUCAUUAUACACACCAAACACUGUAAGAACAUACAGAUACAAGAAAACAAGGAGACUACACAAGACCAGUUGACACAUUGCAAUUCUAGUCUUACACAAGAACCCUUGUAUAUUAAGGCCUCUUUUUGUCUGGCCAGCAACUGUGGGAAGCUCCAUCAUAACCAAGUUAAGUUCCCUUACUUGUAACUCACUGGAAGUAGCACUUAGCUUGUUAGGUUAUGUAAUGACCUGACCUCCUAUUUUGAAACAAUGAGAAAUGUAUGGAAGGGGACAGACUUGAAACAGGGCAGGUGUGGACAGAACCAAGGUAAUCUAGUGGUCUUGAUAAGUCAUCAAAAUGUUACCAUAAGAGGAAAAUACUGUCAUUUAAGAUAUACCAGCCACUCUGAAAUGUAGAAAUACAGUAUGCUCCUUGUGUGUGUGUGUGUGUGUGUUAGGUUAAGAUGUUGGAGGAGUGGAAGGGAGGUUCCUCUGGGAUGCAACUAAAAAGGUUCCUCACACUCAUCCCAGUGAGAGAACGUAGGGUGGUCAGUCAAGGGCAGAUUGACUGUACAAAGAGAUUUAAGCAGAAUUCUAAAACAACUUUAAAAUCAGAUCAUGAAUAAAUAAACAAAUGAAAUAUGUGUAAGACAAAAUCAAUCAAUAAACAAAAUGAAAUAUGUGUAAGACAAAAUCAAUCAAUUAAAGUAAAUAAAAAUGGAAGAAAAUCAUCUGAAAACACAUAGCAUAAUGUUUUCAUAUACUUGAUAAAUAAAACCAUUUCUCCUCCUCCUCCUCUUCUUUCUACUCUACCUCUUCCUCCUCCUGAUAUGUGUCAAUAGCAAUUUACCAGUGGAGUUUCUAGUCAAAAAAAAAAAAGUAAGAGUUGGAGAUGGAGGAAGAGGGUUAAAAUUUGAAGAAGAAAAAUGGCAGAGGUAAUGAGAAAAAGGAGAAUAAGAAAAAAACUGAAGAAGAGAAAAAGGUAAGAAUGCAGAGGAGGAGGAGGAGGAGGAGGAGAAGGAAAGAGAAGAGUGCCACCACAAGGCCCACAAGUGGCGCCUCCUCUUCUUCCUCCACAACACUCUGGUUAUACUUCUUUGCUGUACAUACUGUGUAGAGAUGAACAGGAGUGUAAAUAAAAUUCAUGUGCUUGUAUAUGUGUUGCCUUUCAUUCAACUGAUAGUGUGUGUGUGUGUGUGUGUGUGUGUGUGUGUGUAAUUUACCAGUCUUGAAGCUCCCAUGUUUGAGUCAUUACCAGUUAUAAAAGUAUAGGUAAGGCCGAGAUCUCCCACACACCACUCCCUGUUCUGUGGCUUAAGGAGGACAAUAUUUGCUUGGUAGUUAGUUGAAGGCCUUACAAUUGA